ACUAGGUGCCGAGGCUGGUCCUAUGCUCCACUACAUAGCACUAGCACUCUAGCAGUGUCUUCUUUGAUGUCUCCCACCUUCCUCCUCCAAAGUGAAGCUACUAAUGUAGGUCAUGGAUGGCCGGGCACGCGCGCACACAGCAAGCACAAGAGAAUACAAGAGCAGGAUAGGCCCUAGCCCCCUACUACUCUUGAUGUAAAGCAAGCUUUCCCCAGAAGCACCAAUGUGGCAGUGUCCGGCUUGUUGUGCCUAAACACAGUGCUGCCGCUUCCUCCAAGCAUGCUCAUGCUGCGCUCCCAUCAUGAAAGUGUCCUCCUCCUCUUCACCCCGUACUUCUUUUGUCCUUUCAUCCCCUUUUGGUUGCUGAAAGAAUCGGCUGUUUGGUACACGGUCUGAUCUCCAAAAUUAUUCGAUUUAUCCACUUUUUUUUACUGUUACUGUGAUUGGUGAAAUUCUUGGUUUUUCGAAAGUACUAACGGUUUCCGUUUUGGAAUUGGCUCCUUUCAAGUUGGGUUGGAUGUGAUAUGCUUGUACAGAGUAGAGGAUAGAAUCCCUGCUUACGUUGGAAUUGCGAUGUGUGAGAUAUUUCGCAGACAGUCUUUUUAGCGACAGUGACGUGAGUGAAGUAUAGAGGAGAACAAAUAUACGUAGAGAUUUGUUCGAGUAACCUUUUAAGCAGCAGAUCGCUCUCGUUGCUUUAUGCCGUGCCCACCACCUGUUCGGCAAAAUGGCUGAACGCUGCAAUCAUAGAUGAUAUGUGUAAUACACUUGAUGGAUUGUGCAUUUCUUGCACAUGGCCUUAUUUGGAUCAUGGUGGACGCAGGUUGGCUUCUUCGAAGAGGACACUGACACUCCCUUCUGCCGUCGAGUAACAGGGUGAAGAGAUCUUGUAAUGCAUCUGUGGAGUUGUGCGUGCACAUGGCCUUAUUCUGAUAUUGGUGGAUGCAUGCUAUCCAUUUUGAAGAGGACAUUCACUCUAGUUUCUGCUGCUCGAGUAAGAAGGCGAGGAGAUCUUGCAAGGAUGAUACAUGAAAGGUAGUUGAUGGAUGCAGAGCAGGGGGCACGCACGCCAGCAUUCUACGUUGCACCACCAUUGGGAGGCCACCAUAUGCGGCGAGCAUCCGCAAACUAUGAAUCCGCACCCUUUAUCCUGAAUUGACUGGACAAUAUCACAACGAAAGUACAGCAGCUGCAAUUAUCACGUAAACACCUGUUCCAUCGACAUCUCCUUUUUAAUUGUUCUGCAAUUCUGCCACAUCUAAUUGGAGAAUGGAGAAUGGAGAAUGUGUCCUCAAAUCGCUAGGCAUGAAGCAUUUCUUCAAUUCAAUUGCAACCACCGCCUUUCAAAUGGUGUUUAGUUAAAUACUGAGCUUACUAAUUGAGCAUAUAUACACAUCCUUACUUUAUAAGCAGCCUUCACAUGUUUAUUGUCGAGGUUAAUCUUGGAUACUUCAAAUAGGCAUUUGGCUUUGAUUAUGGUCACAUGUUUUAUCGGUUCAGUGGAGCUUGGGCCCAGCUAUGCAAUCUAAGGCUUGUGCUCUUUCGAUCAGGCUGAAGCACCUGUACCGCAUAAUGUACGGAACACAAUUUGCGUUUAGGUUAUGUUGUAGCCCUUCAUCUUUUUAAUAGUAUCACAUGAAGCCUUCAGGCGCUGACACAACAUUUCAAGAAUAACUUUUGAAGUGGAUAAAUGCGUUCUUAUCUUUCGGUGCUGCCCACUUUCUUGGUUGCGUCUGCCUUCUGUAUCCUGGCAGAUGGCGUACAUUCCUUAGAUGUAUUAUUGGUAGCUUUAGUGGUGGUUAGACAAUUAUCAUUGUCUCUCCAUCUGCACCUUUUUCUCACAAGUGUUACCAUGUAGGUUUUCCAGUGAGAUAUGAUGUUGCCUAUAUGUUCUGAUUGGAUGUUUAGCAUCAUUCCUGUUGAAGUAAGUAGUCUUCUGAUAUUUUGUAGCUACGGCAAGAACAAAAAUGUCCAUUCUCAUAGGUUCAUAUUUGAUCUCUUGUUGUUAGCAGCUUUGUUCUAAGGUCUACGGGACUGUCUGAGAGAGAAAGCAUCAAGGUUGUUUUAGGUGUUCUCCAAAUCUGGAGAGUGUGGUCAGUAUUAGUCAGUGUAUCCUACCCCUAUAACUGUUUUAGCCAUCCCCCUUCAGAAUUAGAGGUUUUGGCACUGUACAGUUCAUCUAUACCAUUGGAGGUAAUUGACCUACAUUGCUCAUUGUUUCUUCAAGGCCACAGAUGAUAUGGCUAGUUUAUUGACCAAGAACACGAUGAGCAGAUUGAUAAACAACCUGCUCGCCCUCUCUAGGAGGCUCUGAGUUCUGAGGUUUAUCUUCUGCUUAACCCUUGAUGAUUAUCCUGUACGGGUGCAUAUAGAGCCAUUGGCUCCCUAACAACUUAUCCCAAAUAUCUAGCCGGUGUAAAUCUAAUCUAAGCCGGCACCAACAAACUGAAAUGAAUCCAAACUAAUUUGCCUAGCCACAAUCUGUCGCCUGGCCCUUCUUCCUACGCUGAAACUGCCGCCCAAAGAAGGUGUCCACAACAACAGAGCUGUAUUUUAAAGGCACAGCAUGACAACACAGGUAAAAUUCUAUGUGACUAGAUGAAACGAGGUAACAGUUAAAGUAGAGAGUCAAGACAGGGACAAUGUAAAGGUAUCAUUGAAUUGCACUACACUUUUCAGAAAUUCUGAAAAGUGUAGAAAGACUGUAUGUGGAUCAUCUUACAUGGGGUGCUCUACCCAAUUGGUCCAGAAUCUCCCUGAUAAAGUAGAAAUAUUAAGAAGAUAUGGGUCUCAGAUCAUGCACUAUCACAUUAUAAAAGGGGUGCACUAGCUCCAGAAAUCGUUACUCUGAGCCAUUGUCUUCCUCCUCAAAGUAAGGCCUAUCUUUAUUUCUUCUUUUGCUUCAAAUAUGGACGAGCAUAAGUUAGGCUGCAAGGGAAAUGAUGUUCUGCAAGAGCUUGAAAUACUGACUAUGAAUGCCAAAGCAGCCCAGGAGCUUAUAUUGAGAAAAAUCCUUGAGAAGAAUCAGGCUACUGAAUACCUGAACAAAUUCAUGAAUGGGUCCGCAGACAUUUCUGCCUUCAAGAGCCAGGUCCCAGUAGUGACAUAUGAUGUCGUCCGAUCCUACAUUGCAAGGAUUGCAGGGGGUGAAGAAUCUUCAAUUUUAUGUGGAGAAAAAAUUGUAGAGCUCCUCCGAAGCUCUGGAACUUCUCGGGGUGAGCCAAGAUUGAUGCCGUCCAUCUCAGAGGAUCUUUAUCGUCGAACGUACCUGUAUAGUCUCAUCAUGCCUAUCAUGAACAAGUAUAUACGAGGCCUUGGUGAGGGGAAGGCCAUGUAUCUUCUCUUUGUGAAAGCUGAAACAUUGACAAACGCUGGCAUUCCAAUCCGAUCAGUCCUCACUAGCUAUUAUAAGAGCCCUCACUUCUUGCAGCGCAAAUACGACCUGUAUAACAAGUAUACCAGUCCUGAUGAGGUUAUUCUUUGCCCUGACAACAAGCAAAGCAUGUACUGCCAGCUACUCUGUGGCCUGGUAGAACGCCAGCAUGUCCUUCGUCUAGGAGCAGUUUUUGCCUCAGCAUUCCUUCGGUCUAUCAGCUUUCUUGAGCAACAUUGGUGUGACCUAGUUAAUGACAUCCGAAUUGGUCAGCUCAGUUCCAACAUCACCAAUUCCACAUGCCAGUUGGCCAUGCAGAGUUUUCUUGCACUGCCCAACCCUGAGCUAGCUGAUGAAAUCGAGGCGAUAUGCAGCUCUGGGUCAUGGAAGGGAAUUCUUGGCAGGCUCUGGCCUAAUGUUAAGUACAUUGAAGCUGUUCUUACGGGCACGAUGGCACAAUAUAUCCCCAUGCUUGAAUUCUACAGUGAUGGUAGGAUUCCCUUGGUCUGCACCAUGUAUGCUUCCUCGGAAAGCUACUUUGGCGUCAAUCUGAGGCCACUGUGCAGCCCAAAAGACGUUUCUUACACCAUCCUUCCAAACAUGGCCUACUUUGAAUUCAUACCAUUGGAGGAUGGCCUCAAGUUGACAGAGGAUUAUGAGGUGGUGGAGAAUGACAAGCUUGUCAGCAUGGUGGAUGUCAAGAUCGGAUGCUACUAUGAGCUUGUCGUCACCACAUUUUCGGGUCUUUACAGGUACAGGGUAGGUGAUGUCCUUCAGGUCACAGGCUUCUACAACCGUGCACCCCAGUUCAAAUUCAUCUGCCGGAGGAAUGUGAUCCUCAGCGUUGAUACAGACAAGACCAAUGAGGAGGAUCUCCACAAUAGCGUCACCCGUGCCAAGAAAAUCCUGGAGAGCCGAAACUACCUCCUCUUGGAGUACACUAGCUGCACCGACACCUCCACUAUCCCUGGCCACUAUGUGUUGUUCUGGGAGAUUAAAUCCACCUACGAAGAUGCAACACCGUGCGUACCUAUUGAUGCGCAGUUCCUUGAGAGCUGCUGCAUCGCUGUCGAGGAGGCACUAGACUAUGUCUACAGGCGCUGCAGAGCCCAUGACAAGUCAGUAGGGCCACUGGAGAUCCGGCUGGUUGAAGCUGGCGCCUUUGACGCUCUCAUGGAUCUGUUGGUCAGCCAGGGCAGCUCCAUUAACCAGUACAAAACUCCGAGAUGCAUUGAGUCUGGUCCUGCGCUGAAGCUGCUCAAUUCCAGGGUCACUGGUUCGUUCUUUAGCCCCCGGGAUCCUGAAUGGGCUGUGUAAGCUUUCAGGUUUAGCCAUGUACUGUGCUUCCGAGGCUGUUCCAAACUCUGUUGUUCACUGCGUGCUGAAAGGAGGAGCUUCUCUAGCCGUUCACUUCGUUUGUCUGGCUGCGUUGUUCAGAAGCUCCCCUCUUAAAUUUAAAUAAUUUGAGAAGUUUCAUCUGAGUUUACCGCAGGCACCUCAUCUUGUUUUCUGUUGUAUGUGGGUAAUGUAAUAGUCAUGCAUUCAUAUAAUGCAGUUCUAUGGAGCUGAUUUGUCACA